CACCCGCAGCGGGCUAGCACUGCUGUAUCCACUGCUGUCCCAGUGGUCCAGGGCGCGCAACCGGGUUUCCCUCGAAGGCUCUGCUGGCCGCUCCGCCCCUCCCCGGCCUGCUCCGCCCGGCCUCUGGAACCCUUCGAACCCGCCACUCCCUGAGCUACAAAGUUCCACGCAGGGAGUCCCUGAAGGCAGCGCACCGGAUCGGGCUCAGCUCCACUCCACGGGGCUCCGGACGGCCGUGACCGCUGGCCUGGAGCUCUGACGGCGCGGACAGACCAAGCUAGCUAGGUUGGCCGCUCCGCUCUGCCCUGAACCCCGCGUCCCUUGGCUGCCCCGGCUGCCCCGGCUGCCCCUGCUGCCCCGGCUCCCCGUGUGCCCUCCAUCCGCAGGGUCGGUCGGCAGCCUCCGGUGAGCCCGAGCUCUCCCUCCUUGCAGUGUCCGGACCUUCCCCGCCGCCAUUCACCAUGCCCUGUGGCCCGGUUCAGACCAACACAGGACCAGGGUCCCAACUGCUGCCACUGCUGCUGUUGCUUCUGGUGCUGCUCAGGGACGCGGGCGGCAGUCACACAGCCCCCUCCCGGUCCGAACGGCCCUUAGCCACCGACGGCCUGGCCGGGAGCAACGACCCUCAGAAGUUCCUGGGGGACAAGGCUGCUGCUCUGGGUCCUCUCGCCCAGGACAUGGUCGCUGUCCACAUGUUUCGGCUUUAUGAGAAAUACAGCCGAAGGGGCGCGCGUCCUGGAGGGGGCAACACGGUCCGCAGCUUUAGGCCCCGGCUGGAACUGGUCAACCAGAAGGCCCUGUAUUUCUUCAACCUGACUUCCAUGCAGGACUCGGAAAUGAUCCUCACAGCCACAUUCCACUUCUACUCUGAGCCCUGGUGGCCCCGGGCUCAUGAGGUACCAUGCAAGCAGCGGGCCAAGAAUGCGUCCUGCCGCCUGCUGCCCCUAGGCCUGCCUGUACGCCAGCACCUGCUCUUCCGAAGCCUCUCACAGAACACGGCCACACAGGGGCUGUUCCGGGGGACCAUGGCCCUAGCGCCCCCACCUCGGGCCCUGUGGCAGACCAAGGACAUCUCCCCCAUAGUCAAGGCGGCCCGUCAGGAUGGUGAAUUGCUUCUCUCUGCCCAGCUAGAUUCUGGGGAGAAGGACCCUGGGGUGCCCAGGCCCAGCCCCCAUGCACCCUACAUUCUCAUCUAUGCCAAUGACCUGGCCAUCUCAGAGCCCAAUAGUGUGGCAGUGACACUGCAGAGAUAUGACCCCUUCCAGGCUGGAGACCGGGAACCUGGUGCAGCCCCCAACAGCUCCACAGAUCCCCGUGUCCGACGGGCCACACAGGCAACUGGGCCUUUCCAGGACAAUGAGCUGCCAGGGCUGGAUGAGAUGCCAGCACAAAUUCCCCGCACCCAACACUACCACAAGCAUGUACUGUGGCCCAGCCCCUUCCGGACACUGAAGCCCCGGCCAGGGCGCAAGGACCGCAGGAAAAAGGGCCAGGAUAUGUUUGUGCCUUCAUCCCAGGUGCUGCACUUCGAUGAAAAGACAAUGCAGAAAGCCCGGAGGAAGCAGUGGGAUGAACCAAGGGUCUGUUCCCGGAGGUACCUAAAGGUGGACUUUGCAGACAUUGGGUGGAAUGAAUGGAUCAUCUCACCCAAAUCCUUCGACGCUUACUACUGUGCAGGAGCAUGCGAGUUCCCCAUGCCCAAGAUCGUGCGCCCAUCCAAUCACGCCACCAUCCAGAGCAUUGUCAGGGCCGUGGGCAUUGUCCCAGGCAUCCCAGAGCCCUGCUGCGUUCCUGACAAGAUGAACUCCCUUGGGGUCCUCUUCCUGGAUGAGAAUCGGAACAUGGUUUUGAAGGUGUACCCCAACAUGUCUGUGGAGACCUGUGCCUGCCGGUAAGACCAGUGCUUCAGAGUGGAAGGAAAUCUCCAUCCCAUGGUCUGCAGAAUAACAUCCCUGGAGCCCUGGAGUGAGCGCUUGACUAGUGGUACAGCUGCAAAGGCAGUAGAGAACUCAUAGACAACUUGGCUGCAUCCCAGGAGGAUCUGUCCCCCAAGCCAUCAUUCUGAGGUUCUUAUUGCUGGUGACUGAGCCCUUAAAAUUCCAGCCUGAACCCUCUGCAGGAAUAUGGAAAUUAGCCCUGGCAUGAAGGCUGUCCAUCCCCUUUGUCCUGUAGGCCUGCAAACCAAACAUUUCUACACUGUUGACUUUUGUGGUCAUCAUCUGAUGACC